AUGAGAGAACGGACACUUCUCAACAAAGCCUACGAGCUUUCGACCCUAUGCGACAUCGAAGUCUGCGUCAUCUAUUACGGUCCUAACGGAGAGCUCAUCAAGACAUAUCCCGAGGACCAGUCCAAGGUCAGAGACAUGUCCGAGAGAUUUAUCAAACUAAGCGACGUAGAGAGACGCAAGAAAAGCACCAACCUUUCUCAGUUUCUUACUAAGAAUAUCAAAAAGGAGAAGCAGACAUCUCUCGAUAAAAACGACAACAAAUUCUCACUGAAAGUCUUGGAGAUGGAGCGUUCGUUGGAAACUCGUUUACAGGUUUUACAAGACAAGCUUCAGAGCCUUGCGGUUGCAUCAAUGACUGAACAGAACAACAACUUAACGAUGGUUUCUUCUGGCAACGAAUCAUCUUCUUUACUCAUCAAUGAUCCAUUGAUAAUUACGCAUCCAGAUCAAUUAUUAACGAAUCAUCAUCUCUUGAGUAAGGACCUGAGCCGUGAUGUUUAUAACUCUGGCAGCUUCGCAAUUGAUUCGUCGAAUCAAAAUCAGAACAAGUAUUCAAUCUUUUUGUAUGACCAUGACAAGGAUACUUUUACUCAACUGUCCGCUCUGCUUCAAGCUUUGAUCAAGGGUAUAACAAUCUGA